AUGCAUGAAGCCUUGUUUCUGAUGUUGAAUCAGGAUGCGGCACGAUGCCAGCGAGUCUGCCACGAUGGCUUUACACAGCCUAGCUUCGUUAGAAAUCCAACCUGCGCCCCUGUCAUCAUCGGUGAUCCGAGUGCUGAGAAUGCACGAGUCCAGCCUUACAUCUGCCUCAAAUGCAGGACUCUCACCACUUCUCCAGUCAACAACAUCUUCAUCUUAAAGCGUCUGUCACUACGCCCGAGAGAAUUGAAAUCGAAAGCGCUACAACGCCCGAAUCAUACCGCUGUUUCCUCUCUGCGGCUCUGCAUAGACGAGCAGCAGCAGCAGUUUUCGAGUAUCAUAUAUGUGUGUAUUGUCGAGAUUGAGCAGGUCGCUGGGCUCAUUAUCUCACGACAACGACCAACGGUAGCGCUGUGCGACGUUGCAAGCAGAACGAGCUGGGUUUCCUCGCAAUUUGUGGACGAACUUGAAACGAUUUCUCGGGCAGGCAUCGGUCUUGCGAAUUCUACGAGUUUUCGGAAAGAGGGCGAGCCACCCCGCAUACAUAUACGUUGGAGUUGUGGUCUAUUGGGACAAGCUCACGAGGAAGGGACAUUCUUCAUCGAGCCGAAAGCCCGGUUCAAGAUACUAUUUGGCUGUGCAUAUAGUACCAACCACUUGCCCACUAAACAUUUUCGAUCUCGCCGUUCUACUCGCACGAAGGGGAAACGGAUUGAGCCACAACCACAUAUUCGAGACCAAGCUGUGGAAAGUUUUCGAGCGGGAGUUGAGACUGGGAUUUUGGUUCCUCUUGAGAGGAUGAACCUAAAACAAGACAAUCGACCGACUCUCAUGCCCAUUGCGGACGUUGAAGUUGACUUGGACUAUACGUGGCAGCUCUACUCAGGCACCGAUCAGGCGUUGAAUGAUGGGCCCAACCAGAGUGAUAGCUCCAAUUUCAUGCCCUCAUUUUAUGGAAAUGUUUUUAGCCCUAAGGAUAUUACAUCUGCGAACAGCUCUGUAAAUACAGACGAAAGGGACCACAUGCUAGAGUCGACAGAUGCAUCUUUCUCCGAAAGCUCCUACCAAAGUACUGAUUGGAUUGGCGGACCAAGUGGAGCGCAGCACCACACUGAGCCAGGAUACAUGAUCGGUUCGUGGGCAAAUCAAUCGGUGUACGAAGAACCUCAGUACUGGGCGGUACCUCGUAUGAUGUACUCCGAGCCAAGACCUUGGUCCAUUCAGCGAUGUCGAGACCUCACUCCAGAGCACCGAACAAAGCUCGCUGCCGCACAAGAAUCCGCAGGGAAAGAAGCAGAAAAAUAUUGGCAAUGGGACGAGGAAGAAAAAAAGUAUAAGCACUACGAUGAAGGCUGCGCGGACCCUGUCUGGUACAAUCCACCUUAA